CUGGAGCUGGACCAUUGCAUCCAGCCUGCCAUUAUCACCAAAGACAUCUGCACGGUCUUUUACUCCCGAGACGCCAAGGUUUCCCCCACCCCGUUCUCUCAAGAACCUCUUUGGGACUGGAUACUCCAAACCUCCUGACUGGACCCCUGAGAACAGCUCACGUGCCUCCAGUCCCUCCUGCUCAGACUAUGAAAACUUCCCAAUGGUUCCCACUCUGGAGACCUCCUACCUUGCGCGGGCUGCAAAGAACAAGUUCCUCAACUUGGUGCCUGAUAUUGAAGAAAUGCGACCAGGGAAGUGAUUUCACAGUGAAAGUAACAGGGGAGGGCAGAAUGAAGGCGAGCGUUACCAGAAAGAGGACAGCAGCAUCAGUUGCAAAGGUUGACAGCCAGUGUGAUCUCAGCCUCAAGAUCCCAGAGAUCAGCAUAGCAGAGGGGACCGCUCAGGUGACCAGACCCUCUGGACAGGUUAACAAGGCUGACACGAUGGAGGGAGAGAAUAACACCUGCUGCAUUUGUUUUGUGCCUAGUGAGACUGGUGUGCAUGCCGUGUGUGUGAAAUACAAUGGUACACCUGGUUCAAAUUUCACAUACAAUUAUACAGUAGCAGUUUUUGACACAGGCGGUUGCCUGGGGUGGUAUCACAGGCAUCGAAAAAAAAAAAUUGCUCGUACUCAUGCUGCCCCGACGUCAUGGGGAUGGGGAUGGCAUAGGCACCAAUUUCUCUGGGGAGUGUUCACACCCAGGGCGCCAGCAUCCUGCUGUCUGGAGCAUGCUUGAGUGUUUUUCUGAGAUUACUCGGAGCUCACU